UCUCAUGGGAGAAAGUGAACUUGGGGGCCAGGAGAAUUCCGGGCUUCUCAGGGGAAGGCAGAGUUAAUUCCUCCCAUACCUGUUUUGGUCCCUCCCCUCUAGAACUGGUUGGGCAGCUUUGCCAGGUCUCUUCCUCCCCAGGCCACUCCUUCUCUUCCUUCUCUGGACCUAGGUAAGCCCUUCACCAUUUUUUCUCAUUUUCUUUCUUUUUUGUUUGAAACCAACCAAGAAGGCUUUGUCUGUGGGUCCUUUGCAGGCCCUCUCCUCCUCCUCUCUGAAAUUGCCUCUUUGGUUCCCUCUGGGACCUGCUCCUUUGUCCCCUGCCCAGGUUAGCUAGCCCUCUACACCUCUCUCUCCCACCUCUGUCCUGGCUCAUCUCACCCUCUCAGUCCGCAUCUCACCCCUCCAAACCAAGUACUGAAGUAAGGUGCUCGCACCAACUGGCCCCCCCAACCCAUGGGGACUUCUGGACUGGGCCGCUGUCGGCUGGCACUGGUUUUCGCAGUGCUCAUGGAUGCUGCGGGCACUGGAGCCCUCCUGACAGGCAUCUUUGCCCGGCUACGCCUCCGAGGCCGGGAUUUUGGGGACCUUUUGAUCUACUCUGGUGCGGUGCUGGUGUUUCUGAGCCUGCUGGGCUGGAUCAUGUGGUACACGGGCAAUAUCGAGAUAGCCCCUGAAGAGCUGGCAAGGGACUAUGGCGCCAAGGGAGGCACAUUGGCCCGGCUGGCCAGGAAGAUCUCGCGGACUUGGUCUCGACGCCAGAGCAACGGGCUGGCCAUGAGGACGGUGCAGAGCAGCCGGGAAGCAGCAUAAAGGUGACCACCCACCCCAAGUUUGUGAUUAACAGAAGGAUCUUGUAGGAAAGAAGGAUGAACUCACCAGCACGAAUGCUGGUCUCCUGCCAGUACCAGAGCUGACCUUCAGCCCACUGAACACCAAACCAGGACGCUGGACUCCUCUUUCCUCAGUCUGACCUGAAUUUUCGUGUGAAUUCUGCUUUGCGUUUCAAAAACCUGUCUUUUCAGUA